CCUCUGACAGUAUGCAUUCUUUCUGCAGACUAAAGCAGAAGAAGGUGGGCUAAAGUUAGGAGGAGUGGGAGGGAUUUGUGUCUCUUUUCAGACACUUGGCAGGAAGCAGUAUAGCAAAGCUCAGUGCUGCAUAUGCUGAUAUGAAAGACAAUCUGAGUCUGUUUGUAGCAGUUUUGUCCUCUCCUCCAACUUUACUCCACCCCUGAAAUGAGUGGGAGACAGUAAGAAAUCCACUAGAGCUUUACUACUGCUGCUAUGCUCAAGUCUGGUCAGGACCUGUAUUGCCGGAGAGGAGGGAAGGCAAGGUGUAGUGUAUGUAAUUCUGUUCUUUCUCACUGGUACUAUGAAAGAGAUGGACAGUUCUUCUGUAAGAAAGACUACUGGUCACGAUUUGGGGAGCAAUGCUACGGCUGCUCAGAAUCUAUUACCACCGGCCUCAUUAUGGUGGCUGGGAAGCAUACAUACCAUCCAGAGUGUUUUCUCUGUGAAAGCUGUGGCAUGUUUAUUGGAGAUGGUGAUGCUUUCAUUUCAGUGGAUUUUACCAAUUUAUACUGUGGACAAUGUGGACACGAGGUGGUGUCGAUGCAGCACUCAGAAGCUAAAUGUUUACGGCUUCCUCAUAUAAUGACAUCAAUGUCAUUUCCUCCUUCUGCUGAAAGCAGGAGAGGUUUAUCCUUCACAGUGGAGCAGAAGGAUGCAGGCCCUUUGAUCAUCAUAUCUCAACUGGAUAUGCACAACCUGAGCCCUGAAGUUAAGCCUUUGAUCCAUAGCAAGAUAGGAUAUAGAUAUGGAAUUUCUGUCCAGAACAUUCCACUCAGUGAGAUAGAUCUGGUGAUUCACGAUACAGAGCACUGGUUCAUUUUUGUAAUAUUUUUUCCUAAAGAACUCGCAAAACAAGAAGACUUGUCUGGCCUACUGGGAGAAGAACGGGAGCAUCCUGGAAAACUAGGUUUCUUUCCCUUUCCCAGCAACAGACGAAUAAGCCCUCGAUCCAAAAGCGUUAUUCGUUUUUCUUUGUCUGCAGGGCAACGACAUGCUGCACUUCUUUCCCAGAGAAGAGACAUUAAUCGAUCAGAGUCUCUGCGUUUUGACCCUAAUGACAAAAAACAACGUAUCUUCCGACCCUCAGACCUAAUAUAUGGGGAAGUUUUAGGAAAAGGUUGUUUUGGACAAGCCAUAAAGGUGACACAUUCGGAAACAGGCGAGGUCAUGGUGAUUAAGGAACUUCUUCAAUUCGAUGAAGAUACCCAGAAGACAUUCCUGAAAGAGGUCAAAGUAAUGAGAUGCCUAGAACAUCCUAAUGUCUUAAAGUUUAUCGGCAUUCUCUACAAAGACAAACGGUUGAACCUGAUCUCUGAGUAUGUGCAAGGAGGAACGCUGACGGACACCAUCCAGAAAAUGGACAGGGAUCACCCUUGGAAACUUAAAGUGAGCUAUGCCAAGGACAUUGCUGCUGGAAUGGCUUACCUACAUUCAAUGAAUGUCAUUCAUCGGGAUCUAAACUCGCACAACUGCUUUGUCCAAAAGAACCAAACAGUGGUAGUUGCUGACUUUGGUUUAGCCCAGCUUGUAAAGGAAGAAAAGAGCUCCUCUCCUGGACAACUGUCAAAACUGAACAAGCUUGGUCGUAAAAAACGGUAUAUGGCGGUGGGCAACCCCUACUGGAUGGCACCAGAAAUGCUAAAUGGAAAAGUCUACGAUGAACGUGUUGACAUUUUCUCAUUCGGGAUUGUUGUUUGUGAGAUUAUUGGAAGAGUAUAUGCCGAUCCAGAUUACCUUCCUCGCACGCAGGACUUUGGACUGAAUGUGAAUGAAUUCCUGGAGCGCUACAUGGCCAAAGAUUGCCCUGCAGCUUUCUUUCCCAUUGCGGUUCUGUGUUGUGCCUUGGAGGCUGAGAAACGUCCCAGUUUUGCUAAAUUAGAGGAGUGGCUCGAGAACUUGCUGAUGCACAUGGAGAUUAGACUUCAUCUGAUGUCAGAACUGGAUCAAAUCCGCCAAGAGUUUUGGGAGAACCACAGCCAGUCAAAACAAACUUAUGGGAUACCUUCGAAACAGACGGAGGACUCAGCCUUAGGCAGAAGCUGAGAAUUCAUGUGAUCUGUAGGCGGUUGCAUAAAAUGCUUAGAGUAGUCUUACAAGUUAGUCUGAUUGGUUUUAUAUAUAUAUAUAUAUAUAUAUAUAUAUAUAUAUAUAUAUAUAUAUAUAUAUAUAUAUAUAUAUACACACACAUUAAAGUCUGUUACAUUAAAACCGAUUUUCUAUUUUGAAUAAAAAUAAGUCUUAUUACUCUUUGCUAACUGCUAGUUGGUCAGACUAGGGGCGAAUUCCAAAUGGCUUUUUUACGCCCUUGAAGAGGGCACUUUGGGAAGGGGACACCAUUUAAGCGUGUUCCAAACAAAAGUGAACAAUUAAAUCCAUUCACGAAGGGCCCUUCCAGAAAUCUGUUAGCGAAGGGAACAUGCCAUCCCUUACCAAAAAGUAGUAUACUUCAAGUUUAUUUUAUUAAGUAUACUUAAGUAAAGUUCAAGUAUAUUUAGACUUUUUGUAAGUAUAAGUCAAGUAUACUUAAAUGUUAUUUUAAGUAUAUUUCUGAGGAGUACAUAAAGCCCAUUUCUGAGAAGUACAUAAAAAGUAAAUUAAAAGCAUACUUUCCUAUUUUUAGUUUAAAAGAAGUAUACUAAUAGCACACUUGAAUAAACUUCUUUUUCGUAAGGGAUGGUCACUUCACGGAAGUGAUUUUCUGUUUGUGAUCAUGUGAUCUUCGUUAGGAGAUCUUGUGAUGCAUUUUAAAGUGAAGUUGGGGUUGAUUUUGACUUCACAUACAAACUUAAGUAGAAUAGGCUAAUUAAAAUUGUCUUUAAUACUAAAUAUUUUUUGUCAGUGAUAGAAAUAUGAUUUAAAACAAUGGUGCAAGCAAGUUUAAGCAAGAAUAGUUUAAAAAAGUCUAAUGGUAAAUCAGACACAAUUAGAUAAUAUUUGAAUAAAAUAAUAUGAAGAAAUAUUUAUUUGCAACAGCUGAUGAAAUGCUUAAUGCUGCAUGCACACGCAGCUUUGUCAGGGUAACAUUUGGUCAGUCAUUUCCUUCACCAAGGGAGUUCCAAACACUUAUACAAGCCAGUAAUGCACACUUCUGUUUGGAAUUUGGUUUGGUUCUUAAGACACAAUCUUAACACAGAGGCUAAGGUUAUGCAACUGGCCCUAGAUCAUCAAAUUCUCAGAUAAUUACAGUGACCCAUUUAAAAAAUGUAUGAAUGUAGUUAGGUCUAAAUACUUUUCUGAGCCAUUUUUUGCAGUGACCUUUACUUUUUGUCUACAUUUUUAUUUUUUAUUUAAUACUUAAUUUUGUCUUUAAUUCAUUACAAUCAAUGUCAUUUGAUUUCAUGUUUUUAUGUAAUGCAAAGACAUUUUGUACAAUGUAAUGCACUUUUUGUACAAGUGUCCAAAUACAUUUUGUGGUCACAAGGUUCCGGUUGUACAGUCUGCUGCAAUCAUUUUGUACUAUUUGUACUGAUGUUCUCAGACACAAAGGUGCUAUUGUUCUAGAGAACAGUAUUAUAAAUGUAAGCUAAAUAGCCUUAAUGCUUUACAAAAUGUAUAUUUAGCAUAAUAUUUUUUAGCAGAUGUUAUGUUUAAAUUGCUUGUUGCUUGUCUCUAAGUACUAUUGUAGUCUUUAUUAUUAUUAUGAUGUAUGCCUAAGUGUGUUACACGUGUCAGAUACUGUGAAACUCAAAAUAAAGCUCGAUCUGAUGAAACGAA